UUUAGGCUGGCUUUUGAACAUAUUUUUGAAAAAUAAUGGCAAAUCAGACUGCGAUAGGAAGUGGAGCGAAUUAGCUAGUACGCUGAAUUGCCUUGGUGUUGCUGUGAAAAGCGUCGAACAAUGGUGCACGGUAUGGAGGGAUCUGAAAAGCCGUACCAGCAUCAAGGUCCGAGACCGGAAAAGAAAGCGGGCGAUGACAGGAAACAAUCCAAUUGAUGAGGAGCCACUCACCGAACUGGAGAGACGAGUCAUUGCCCUUAUAGGUAAUGACUAUGUCCAGGGCCACGAAAACGUUCCUGAAACGGUGCCUAUAGAGGAGGAACUGCAACUUCGAUUAGAGGAGGGUGAAGAUAGCAUAGUUAUCGAGAUGCCUUCAUUUUCAAAUGGGGUCGAUUUGGAAAUGCAUGCAUCGACUCCUGCGACUCAAGCCUCAAAAACUCCACGUAGAAGCAGUAGGAGAAGACGUGUGGAAGAUGUGAGCGAUACUCGAAACGCAUUUUUAGAAAUUGCGCAAACACAAGCGAAUACUUUAAAACCUCCACCCAAAUUGCAAGCAGGCAAGCUGAUGCCUUACAGUUGUUAGCUGAAAGCAAUGCGGCGACCACGCAGGCAUUGGCAGAUGCUAUGACCACAAUGGGUGAAGGAUUGAAAGCUUGUGCAGCUGCCUUCAACAAUUUAGCCGACGCAAUUAGCCGUAUGUAAAUAUAUUAUAUUAUGGAGUUUAAAGUUAUAUUUUUUAAAUUAGAGUUAAUUUAAACAUAGUACAAGAAGUUCUUUAAAUUAGUUUUGGAGAGUAUUUUUUAUACUUGAGUUUAUAUCUGACUUCAAAUUAGAUAUACUAUGAUCAAUUUCUCUUUACAUACGUGUAUAUAUAUUAAAGAAGUAAUGCAGUUAUAAACAUGAGAGAUUCUCCUUUAAGAAACUUGAAUGUGAUGGUAUGUGGUAUUUAAACCCAUAUAAAAAUACUUAUCUGUGAUUAUGUACUGAGAUAUGUAAAGAAUUAUGCAUUUAAAUUAAGUUGUAUGUUGUAUGUAUUUUGCUGAGUUAACUUAACUUAAGUACAAAUGUUGA